AUGCUCGUCGCCCAUCUUCUCGCCCUAGCCUCCUAUGUGCUGGCUUCGACGUCGAAAGUUCAGGACUAUGGUCGACGUUCAGAGUUCCAAGUAGGGGACGCUAUACCAGUUCUUCCUGCUAAUGGUGGCUCUUCUGAGCUUCCUUCUCCUCCCCAAGGCGUAAUACUGAAGCAUAUUGCUCUUGGCUUCGGCGUUCAGAAUUACAGUUGCGCCGACGUGAAUGCUAUUCCUUCAGCUGCCGGCGCUUUGGCAGUUCUCUACGAUGUUACAUGGCUGUAUCCGGAUCAAGAGGGCUCGCCCCUGACCCAUGAGGAAUGGACUUCUCUCCCUCCUCAUAUCCUUGAUACUGGAAAGGCGCCUCUAAAUCGCGAUAGCAGCGGCAACAUCUGCCUUACCCACCCCUUCCCAAAAAAGGGAUCUCUCAAGGUUGAGGGCUUCCGCAAGAGGCUCCCCUAUCUUGGUCAACAUUUCUUUAACGCUGCUGGUGUUCCUACCUUCGAUCUCGACACAUAUAGCCGACUUCUCAUUGCUAGGAAGGUUUAUGGCAUUGAAGCCCCUGCUUCUUCCUCAGCUGGCCCUGACGGGACCGGUGCUGUUGAUUGGCUCUACCUUGAAGACGCUGGAGGGAGCAUCGGUGUUUCAAUUGUCUACCGUGUUCUCACUGCAGGUGGUGUUUCUCACGGCUGCGGAGCAAAGGGUAGCGACAGCACCUCUUACGCGGCUCUCUAUUGGUUCUACGGUUAA